AUGUCAUUUUCCAUUAAUUAUAGUAAAAUCACAAAUUUGAUUCGUCAAAAGAAAAAAUCGAAUAUUUCUAUUCGAACAGUUCAACGUUAUAGGAAGAAGAAUGGUAUCAAACCAAAGAAAACGAUCAAGCGUACUGCUAAAGAAAUAAGCGAUGCUUCUUGUGAAAGCAUAGCAAAAUUACGUCGUAAACGUCAACGAAUAUCAAAUAAAAAAAUAAUCUUUCUUGAUGAAACUCAUAUUAAAAUAAAUGAAGUACCAAGAACAACACUCGUUGCAACAGGUGAAAAACCAUAUGUAAUUGUUACCGAUUCAUCAUCAUAUGCUGCUCGUUAUGAUAUGAUUGCCGCUGUAGUUGAUGAUCAAGUGUUUCCAUCAAUUAUUUAUUCACCAGCAGAUAGAAAGACAAAAAAUGUCAAAGGCAUCAACAACAAUAUGUUGAUUGAUUUCAUCGAAAAAAUCUUAUGCCCUUCAAGCAGUACACUUGAUCAUUGUCCUAUAUAUUUUGUAUUAGAUAAAUUACAUAUUCAUAACAUCUCUAAAAUUAAAGAAGCACUUGAUAAUUUCGAAUGCACGAAAUCAGUAGAAAUAUUGUUUAUAUCUACUCAAGCAGCAAAACGUAUCAAUCCACUGGACGAUGCCUUGUUUCAUGAAUGGAAAGAACGAGGGAGACAACAUUCCUUAUUUACUGAAGAAACUUUGGCGACAACUAUGACGAAUGAGUGGUUUAAUACAAGAAAAGACAACAUUAAACAUUAUUAUGAUCAUUGUGGUAUUACAUAUGGCCAAGAUGUAUAUAAAGAUUGUCCAUUUCCAUUAAAUCAUCAUCAUCAUUCUUCAUAA